AUGCGUCUCAUGUUUGCACUGUUCAUUAUCGUAUCAAUUGAAGCCAAGAAGAAACGUCCACACAAUCCACUUGACACACGAGAUGACAAGCCACAGAACGUAGGCAACAUUGACAAAUACCCAGAACAUUUCAAACAUCCAGUACCAUUCGGACAUGUGUACAAAGAUGGCUUCGGUGAUAUAACAUCGAAUUUGAAACAGCCCUUUGAUAUCCUAGAACUAGAUAUGGUGAGACCGAAAAAUGCAGAAGAAGCGAAGGAGGUAUGGAACAAACGUCAAAAUAAUAUACAAAUACUUCCGAGUAACUUACCGAAGAAAUUUGCUAGUCCAAGAGAUCAGUACUUGAACGAACAACAAAAUGAGAAAGCCGUGAGUCAACCCAAACCUGUUGCAGAACAAAAUGGAACAAGAACCUGGAUCGAUUGGGAAGCUAUUCAACAUUAUAAUGUUGGCUCUCGUCGGCCAUUUUUAAGACGUCCUCAACCAAAACGAAGACCCUAUGCGUAUGGUCCAACUCAUGACCAAGGUCCUAAAAGCAAAUACUUUGGACCCAACUCAUUUGAUUUGGCUAUAAAUAAAAAGCAACAUAAAGAAAACUGGACAAGUUGCGAAGAAUUCGGAAGAAUGCCAAAUUUCCACCCUAAAGAUAUUGUAAAUAUCGAUUGGGUACCUUUUUAUAUAUGGACCACUAGGGUGUAUCAUGAACCUGUAGUGCACAGAUUUUCUUACCCUACUAAAAAGCUGGUCAAGAAGUAUAAAGAAGAUUAUGGAAAUCAUUUAAAUAAAAGCAUCGAUUGGGAACAGCCGAAGUUGGUAUUAAAAGAAGCUAUAGAGAUGCUCCUCAUAGCAGCCGAUAGGACAGGAAUGUUCCAUGGAGUACCAUAUUUAGACAUUCCUUCUGCUAUGAAAAAUAAGCAAGUAGAAUUCCCUGUUCCAAGACUGAGGUUGAAAAUCGAAGAUCCGUAUUUAGCUAUAAUGUUCUGCGAUAAUGAAUUUGCUGCGAUCAUGGCAGUCGCUGGGAAUGAACCGACUACGGAGAGAGAAAGAAUUUCUGAAGCAGCUACUUUGAAAUUCCGAGGAGCAGGGUAUCCAGUGUUUAGGGAUCCGGAACUGGAGAGAAUGCGAGCUAAAGCACAGAGUGACUAUGAGAGGCAGAGAAAGGAAGACGAAGUCUUAAGGGUUGACGAGCCUCUGACUCGUGAUCAUUUUCUUGGCAGAGAUUUCAUGAAAUAAUAUAAUAACAAAAUUAAUUGUUGAUGUGAAUACUGUAUUUAAAAUGUUUUCAUUAAUUCUUAUUAAUAGCAAAUGAAAUGAUUUAGCUGUUUCGUUGAAAACUUUAAAGGAAUUAGUUAAUUGUUAACAUUUUGUGUUCUUUAUUAGUAGUUAUAAAGUACCUAUAUGAGUGUCAUGCAUUUAUGUAGAUGAAUUCAAUAUUAACUUCUAAAUAAUUAUGUAAAUACUUACCAAAUUGUAUGUGGAUGAAACCAACAAGAAUAAAAUACCCAAUAUUUAAAGAAACAUUCGUUCGUAAUUGUCACAAACAAUGAAUACACAAUUUAAAAGUCGAUUGGCAUGUUUCCGAUGAAAAUGCAAAUGACUCAAUAAGCCAUGUUUGCAUCGACAAAUUAGAACAAAUAUCCCGUAAUUCCAAACAACAAGCUAAUUUCGAAAUGCAAACAUCCUUUUUGAUUGACAUAAAAACUACGAUAGUAUCAGUUAAUUCACAGUGUUCAAACCAAUCCCUGUUUGUUCUAUUACUUAGUUCUUACCUUUUGUUUUAAUUUGGCGUUACUAGUAUUGAUUUUAUUAUUGAAUUUAAGCUAUUAUGUUUUGGUUUCAUUACGUCAAAUGGUCCGUUGUUAAUUAAAGAAGUAAAGAGAAACGUCGUUUUGUGAUUUCUCCUUAAUAUAAAAAUACGCGUAUAAUAAUUAAAGACUACUAUUUUUUUUAAAUAAUAAAACGUCAAAUAAAAUAACGUUUAAAAAUGGAACCCUUAGUUAUGAAAUUGAAACAAUGGUAUAAUAUAUUCAUAAUAUUAAUACAAAUAUCGAUUAUUG